AUGGCGACCCAAAUUCCCGUGGACCCUGCCCUCAGUUCGACCAAGACUCUCAAACUUGAGAAUACACACAAUCGAGAUGUCUUGAUCGCCAUUGAAAAGAAAUACCAGGAAGAAUGGCAAAAGAGCAAAGUCUUCGAGUCGGAUGCUCCUUCAACGGACGAAAUCCCCUUCAAUUCCAUCCCCGCGGCCGAGAUUCGAGAGAAGCACCCAAAAUACUUUGGUACCUUUGCCUAUCCUUACAUGAACGGCUCUCUACAUGCGGGACAUAGCUUCACGGUUAGCAAGGUUGAGUUUACCGCAGGUUUUGCCCGUCUCACAGGAAAGAGAGUGCUAUUCCCUCUCGGGUUUCACUGUACUGGUAUGCCAAUCAAAGCCUGUGCAGACAAGCUGGUCGACGAUGUCAAGAAGUUCGGUCGGAAUUUCGAGAACUACUCCGAGGAUGAAGAGGAUGAGGCAACCGAGACCAAUGGUAUACCAAUUGCUCCAACUCAGAGUGUCAGUGUCAAGGAUGACAUUACGAAAUUCAAGAGCAAGAAAGGCAAAGCCGCAGCAAAGACCGUAAAGGCGAACUACCAGUUCCAGACAAUGUUGGCAAUGGGUAUACCAAAAGAGGAGAUCCACAAAUUCUCCGACGCAAACUACUGGCUUGAAUACUUUCCUCCCAUCGCACAACAGGAUUUGAUCGAUUUUGGUGCGAGGAUAGACUGGAGGAGACAGUUUGUAACCACCGAUGCAAAUCCAUACUACGAUGCUUUUGUCCGGUGGCAAAUGAAUCGUCUUCACGAAUUGAACAAGAUUCUUUACGGCAAGAGAUAUACCAUUUACAGCCCAAAGGACGGACAGCCGUGUAUGGACCACGACCGAGCCAAGGGUGAAGGUGUCGGACCUACAGAGUACACAGCGAUCAAGUUGAGAGUCAAGGAGUGGUCCGAGCAAGUAGCAAAGGCAGUCGAUACCAAGAUUCCCAAGGACGCAAACGUCUACUUUGUCCCUGCAUCUCUAAGGCCUGAAACCAUGUACGGCCAAACAUGCUGUUUCGUCGGUCCCAAGAUUACUUAUGGCAUUUUCAAGGUAUCCGAGAAGGAAUACUAUGUUGUCACAAAGCGAGCGGCCUGGAACAUGGCUUUCCAGGGCACAUUCUUCUCGGAGGAUCACUUCCCCCGAGAUCAAAGUGAACUGCAACCUAUUGUCGAAUUACCCGGCUCUGCCCUCGUUGGGACUUUGGUAAUUGCGCCUCUUUCGGUUCACACAGGGGGCGUACGCAUUCUACCCAUGGAGACAGUCUCGGCCACAAAAGGCACCGGUGUUGUUACUUCAGUCCCAUCUGACAGCCCCGAUGACUUUGCUACAGUACGAGAUCUAGCCAAGAAGGCAGAGUUCUAUGGCAUUAAGAAGGAAUGGGCAGACCUUGAGAUCAUCCCCAUUAUUGAUACACCCGCAUAUGGAAACCUGACCGCGAAAUUUCUGGUUGAGUCCAAGAAGAUCCAGUCUCCCAAGGAUGCAACACUCUUGGCAGAAGCAAAAGACCAGGCCUACAAAGAGGGUUUCUAUAACGGAACAAUGUUGGUUGGAGAUUUUAAGGGACAGAAAGUACAAGAGGCCAAAGACAAAGUACGCAAUGCGUUAAUCAAAUCCGGUGAUGCAUUCCCAUUUGCAGACCCUUCGGGAGAAGUCAUCAGUCGAAGCGCAGAUGAAUGUGUGGUUGCUUUUGUCCCACAAUGGUUCUUGAAUUACGGAGAAAAUGACAAGGAGUGGCAGCAAACCAUUUUGGACUACGUCAAGGACAAAGAUGGCCUUUGCACGUACGCCCCGGAGACCGAGAACCAAUUCGUUGCGAACCUAGAAUGGCUCAAUCAAUGGGCUUGUGCUAGAACAUAUGGGUUGGGAUCCAAAUUGCCAUGGGAUCCUCAUUUCUUGGUUGAAAGUUUGAGUGACUCCACUAUCUAUAUGUCCUACUACACAAUCGCGCAUCUUCUGCAUGGAGACAAGUUUGGUAAGACUACAGGCUCGCUCAAUAUCAAACCUGAACAAGUCACCGAUGAAUUCUGGGACUACGUGUUCACUCGUACAAGUGACAUUGAGUCUGUCUCCAAGUCUACGAAAAUCCCCAAGGAAAGUCUCGCGACACUCCGUCGUUCCUUCGAAUACUGGUACCCUCUCGACAUGCGAUCCUCGGGUAAAGAUCUAAUUCCUAAUCAUCUAACAUUCUUCCUCUACAUCCAUUUGGCAUUAUUUCCUCGCGAGUACUGGCCCAAGUCAGUCCGCGCAAAUGGUCAUCUCUUGCUCAAUGGCGAAAAAAUGAGCAAGUCCACUGGCAACUUCCUCACCUUGAGUCAAGCAGUCAAGAAAUUUGGCGCAGACGCAACGAGAAUAGCACUUGCGGAUGCAGGUGACGGGAUGGAAGACGCCAAUUUCGAAGAAAAGGGAGCCAAUGCUGCUAUCAUGCGGAUGUAUACCCUAAAGGAAUGGAUUGAGGAGACUGUGAAGAACGGAGAGCUCCGGACAACGCAAGGAGAUGUCCUCUGGGAUAAAUUAUUUGAGGAUGAGAUGAACCUGUUGGUGCACGAAUCGUACCGGCAUUAUUCUGAAACGGAUUACAAACUGGCUCUCAAAUCCUCACUCUACGACUUCCAAUCGGCACGGGACUUCUACCGUGAAGCAUGCCUUUCCUCCGGAAUCCCAAUGUCUCGACCUUUAAUUCUCCGCUAUGUCGAGCUUCAAUCCCUCCUGAUAGCCACCAUCGCCCCUCACUGGGCUGAGUACAUGUGGCGCGAAGUUCUACACAAGGAGACCUCAAUCCAGAAUGCCAGCUGGCCCGCGGUGCCGCAGUCGGACCCGGCCUUGACUGCGGAGCGGGAAUACGUCAAAUCAACGACUAGCAACAUCACCAGCUCAGAGGCGCAGGCGGCGAAGAGGAUGGCCAAGGGGAAGGCAGCUACCUUCGACCCUCGAAAACCUAAACGCAUCACGAUCUUCGCUGCAAGCGCAUUCCCAGCCUGGCAAGAGAAGUACGUGGACCUCGUGCGCGACAUGCUCGCAAAGGCGACGCUUGAUGAUGAUAAGGCAGUCAACGGCGCAGUGGCCAAGCUGGGCAAGGGCCCGGAGAUGAAGAAGGCAAUGCCGUUCGUCCAGGCCCUAAAGAGGCGCAUCAUCGGCGGCGACGAGAAGCCCGAGGUUGUCUUCGAGCGCAAGUUGCUCUUCAACGAGGUCGACGUCCUCGACGAGAUGAAAAAGGGUCUCAUGAAAACCACCGGUUGCAGAGACGUUGUCAUCCACCAAGUCACUGAGGAGAACAAGUCGUCCCUCCCACCGAACGCUGAGUCCGCCGUUCCCGGACACCCGAGUUUCUUGUUUGAGAACAUCGAUGGCUAA